AUGGCCCAUGGGAAGAGGUCUAGGCAGCAAGCUGAAACAACCUCCGUGAGCCUGAUGGACCUGGACGGCGGCGACAUGGCGCGCAUCCUCGUGAUCUUCUCCGGCCACCACAACACCCACGGUCACCACGGCAUUGCCGGGCCCGCGCCGCCGGAGAGGGUGUUCGAGUGCAAGACCUGCAACCGGCGGUUCUCGUCCUUCCAGGCGCUCGGCGGGCACCGGGCCAGCCACAAGAAGCCGCGACUGGCUGACGGCGAGCCGCCCAAGCCCAAGGUGCACGGCUGCUCCAUCUGCGGGCUCGAGUUCGCCGUCGGCCAGGCGCUCGGUGGCCACAUGCGCCGCCACCGCGCCGUCGCGGCCGCAGGGGCUGGCGUCGAGCGUGGCCUCAGCCUCGACCUCGACCUCGGUCCGAGAGACCACGGCAAGAAGAAGACAACGGCGGUGGCAGCCGGACUGAUGAUCGACCUGAACAUGCCGGCUCUGGCACUGGAGGAGGAGGAGCCGGCCGAUCGUGCCAAGCUGGGGCUCGCCGUGGAAAUGCAGUUUCCCAUGGUGGUUGACUUCCGACGUUGA